CCACCUCUGCCUGUUGCCUGCUGUCGACAGGAAACCACCAGCUACAUAAACUGAUUGAGAUGAGAAGAAUUCAUCUGGAGAUGUGCUUUUUCUUUAGGAUUGCAUCAGGGGAUGCUGGUUAUAACUAGAAGGCCCCUCCACCGUCAGUGCCGUCAGGAUUAGAAGAGACAUGGUGAAAAGCCACUGAAGCACUGCCAAGAUGUACAAGGUGUUCCUUACCGAUGGCCACAGUGAAAAAGAAAAAAAGUUUGACACACGCUGCCGUGAACCACCCUAGACCACGCGGCUCGGGGAGAUGCUCCCAGCCUCUGAGGUUCAUGGGUCCCCUCCCUUCCCCUGUGGUGCACCGCGCAGAGCGGCUGCUGUUGCUUUAUCAUUACUUGCCGAGGAUGCUCCUGAUCUAUUCUGGAAACAUUCACCAAUCAUCCAUUGAGUGAAAGAUAACCAGCAGGUAUUACACAUUCACCAUCUUCUCCCAUUUUCCCAAAAACCAAAACCAGAAAACCCCGUGGAUGUGGAGGAGAAGGGAAAAUAGCAAUUAUAUACUCAGUAACUUUGGAAGGAUGGAAGGAAGGAGGCAAGCAAGAAAAGAAGGAAGGCAAGUGAGAGGGGGCAGAUAGAUGUGGUGUAGAUUUCUAAAAGACUUGCAGAUUGCUUAUUUAUAAACCCUCCCUGAUUCCAUGAGGCUAAGAGGCUCACUGGAGGCCUUACCAAGCCUUGAACUUGGAUCUGGAGAUCACAGGCCUAUUCUGCAAAACCAACAGGGAAGAGGAUGCCGUUCUGGGCCUUCAUGAGACUAGUGCUUGAAGUGGGGCAGAAGCUUGGUUUCGACCAUUUAAAGUUUGAGAUGUUUCCUAGAAACCUAAGUGCCAGUGUCAGCGGAGACAUUGUCAGCUAGUUUUCUGAACUCUACCAGCCCUUUCUCUGGCCCUUGUGAGAGUCAGGGACCUCCCUCCCACCAAGCACACCUGGAGCCUCCAGAUGCCUCUAGGCUCAUGCCCUCCUCCUCCUCACCUGCCUUUCUGAGUGGUACCUGAGUGAGAGCCUUCCUCAGGUGUGCAGAUGGGAACAGGAACACGUGGGAGCAGGAGACAGCCACGCGGCCCAUGACAAGGCAGGAAGCUGCUUCAGCUCCCGAGGAUCGUGCUCCUUUUCCAGCCAGGCCAGAAGGCUUGGAGGCUGCUGGAAGCAGUGAGCCAGCUGUCAGUGGGCCUGCCCGCCUGUGGUGCAGCCCCUGGUUCUGUGGUCUGAGCUCCUGGCCCUGUUACAUGGUGGAAGCCUAGUCUCUACGAACCCAAGAGUUUGAACCCGAAUCAAAGGGCAUCUCUCAGACCUCAGAUUGACUCCUCUAAAGCCACAGAAGUACAUUUUCCCCUGUAGCAUCAACUGCACCUCAGCCCUGUGCCAUUGAGGCAAGAGGGUUGGAGCUUCAGAAACAAUUAGAAAAAUAUAUGGGCAAGGACUUGCUUGGUUGGACUGAUUUGUUAUUAAGUGCAAUGGAUCCCAGCCUCUCAGAACUCACUUUACAGAAGAGGAAACCAAAGCGGGGAGAGGAUGAGAGAAUGCUCAGGGCACAUAGCCUGUUCAUGGUUGAAUCAGGACUAGAACCCAGUUCUCCCGAUUUCCAGAUGAGCUGUCUGCCCCCGCCACCCUUGGGCUUCACACCGAGACUGGAGACUCUGUAUCCACAAGGUACAGACUGACUUUCAAGUCCAGGCUUCAGCUAAGGCUCGUACCCUGCGAGCUCGUCUCUGCACAGCAGCCAGAGAGCUCUUUUUAAAAGGAUGGGAGUGGUGAGCAGCAAAAAGCAGGUCAAGGAGAAGGGUAAGGGCCGAUGGAGUCCUGUGAAGGUCAAAAGCCAGGGCAAGGAGCCUCCGCCGCUGCCGCCCGUGGUUGUCUUCAACUGCCUUACUCCUCCAUCUCCUGACACACACCCGGACCAAGAGGAGCACUUUGUGGUGGCGCUGUAUGAUUAUAACGCGGUGAAUGACCGAGACCUGCAGAUGCUGAAGGGAGAGAAGCUGCAGAUCCUGAAGGAAACUGGAGACUGGUGGUUGGCCAAAUCACUCGUCACUGGAAGGGAAGGCUAUGUGCCCAGCAACUUUGUUGCCCGAGUAGAGACCCUGGAAGUGGAAAAAUGGUUCUUUAGAUCAAUUAACCGGAAAGAUGCGGAGAGGCAGCUUCUGGCUCCAAUCAAUAAGGUCGGCUCAUUCCUUAUAAGAGAGAGUGAAACAAAUAAAGGUGCCUUUUCCCUGUCGGUGAAGGAUGUCACCCCCCAGGGGGAGGUGAUCAAGCACUAUAAGAUCCGCUCCCUGGACGAAGGAGGCUAUUACAUCUCUCCCAGGAUCGCCUUCCCCUCGCUCCAGGCCCUGGUGCAGCACUAUUCUAACAGAGGGGAUGGCUUAUGCCAGAGGCUCACGCUGCCCUGUGUGAGCCUGGCUCCUCAGAACCCCUGGGCCCAGGAUGAGUGGGAAAUCCCCCGGCAGUCUCUCAAACUGGUCCGGAAACUCGGGUCUGGGCAGUUUGGUGACGUCUGGAUGGGGUAUUACAAAAACAACAUGAAGGUGGCCAUCAAGACUUUGAAGGAGGGAACUAUGUCUCCAGAAGACUUCCUGGGCGAGGCCAACAUGAUGAAAACCCUCCAGCAUGAGAGACUGGUCCGUCUCUACGCCGUGGUCACCAAGGAACCCAUCUACAUCGUGACCGAGUACAUGGCCAGAGGAUGCUUACUGGAUUUCUUGAAGACGGAUGAAGGUAGCCGGUUGACCCUCCCAAGACUGAUCGACAUGUCGGCCCAGAUCGCUGAAGGAAUGGCAUACAUUGAACAAAGGAACUCAAUCCACCGUGACCUGAGGGCAGCCAACAUCCUGGUGUCUGAGACCCUGUGCUGCAAAAUUGCUGACUUUGGCUUGGCCCGGAUCAUCGACAGUGAAUACACUGCCCAGGAGGGUGCCAAGUUCCCCAUCAAGUGGACCGCCCCCGAGGCCAUCCACUUUGGGGUGUUCACCAUCAAAGCAGACGUGUGGUCAUUCGGCGUCCUCCUGAUGGAGAUUGUCACUUACGGGCGUGUGCCCUACCCAGGCAUGAGCAACCCCGAGGUCAUCCGCCACCUGGAGCGCGGCUACCGCAUGCCGCGCCCGGAGUCGUGCCCGCCCGAGCUGUACAGCGGCGUGAUCGCCGAGUGCUGGCGGAGCCGGCCGGAGGAGCGGCCCACCUUCGAGUUCCUGCAGUCGGUGCUCGAGGACUUCUACACGGCCACCGAGCGGCAGUACGAGCUCCAGCCCUAGGCCCCCGCCCGGCCCUGCGAGGGACGCGCGCCAGGAGGCGAUGGCACCACCGGGCUGAGCUUCAGGUGGAGGGAAAUGGUCCCUGACCUUUGGACAGACCGUUAGGAUUCGCUAGGCAUUUUCGUAUCCGGGCCCUAGGACAACCUUGAAAAGCAGGGAGGGAUUAUUGUCCCAAUUUCGCAGAAGAGGACACGGGAGGAUAGAGGCGGUGCAGGAGAUGGGUACAGCACGGGCUCUGCAGCCAGGCUGCUGGGAUCCGAUCUCAACCUCACCAGUCACUGGCUGUGUGCCUUUGGACAAGUUACUGCGCCUCUCUGUGCCUCUGUUUUCUCAUUUCUAAAGAGGAGGGGGGAGGGGGAGACAAUAAGAGUACCUACCUCAUAUGUUCCUGAGGAUUAAAUCAAUUAAUCUGGGUUAGGAGUUCAGAACAGUGCCUGGCACAUGCUAAGCACUGUGAAGUGACUGUCAUAUCAGAAGGGGACUCAGGUCUUCCAACCAAGGCUUCCUGGUAGUGGCACCAAAGCUGAGAAGUCAGGCUGCAGGUGGCUCCCUUUCUGCCACUACCAGAAGCUGGCCUCUGAAGAUCAGAACCGAAUCCUCCCAGAGGUCUGUGGAGAAGCUCCACCUCUGACUGGCUCCCGGAAGGAUAAACAGCCCACCUAGGGUGCGCUCCAGCACUUUGGGACUUUUCUUAAUAAAAUCACACGAGUCUGGUC